UUACUCUGCCCAAACCACCACCUCCAUGGCUUCACCUCCUCCCUGCACUUCCUCACACAAGACAAGCCGGAGCGGGGAGAGGAGCUGCCCUUGUGGUCCAGGUCUCCUCGCCAGGAAUCCCUCGCCAGGAUGUGUACUCAAACAUCAGCCAGAUCCACCGUGUGGACAUCAGAAGGGAGGAUUUGCCCAGCUGCCCCAUUGUCUCACCCUACAUCAGUGGCCCCUUGAAGGUGAUGAUUCCAGAGAACUUGACAAUGGAGCAGGUGGUGGAAAAGAACCCACUGGUGGAGCUGGGAGGCCAAUACCAGCCACCCAACUGCUGGACACGGCACCACACAGCAAUAGUGGUACCUUACUAUGGGCAAGCCCAGCAUCUGCAGCACCUGCUCUUCCACCUGCACCCCUUCCUGCAGCGCCAGCAACUGCAUUAUGCCAUCUAUGUGGUGAAUCAGGUGAACAACACCGCCUUCAACCGGGGCCAGCUUCGCAAUGUGGGGUUCUGGGAGGCCAUGCAAGAAGAGGGCUGGGACUGCGUCUUCUUCCACGAUGUGAACCUCCUGCCAGAGGACAACCGCAACCUCUACAUCUGUGACAUCUUCCCUGCCCACGUGUCCGUGGCCAUCGACAAGUUCAACUACAAGCUGCCCUACUGCGGCUACCUUGGAGGGGUGUUUGCCCUGCGUCCAGUUCACUACCUCAAGAUAAAUGACUUUCCCAACACGUACUGGGACCGGGAUCGUGAGGACAAUGACAUCGCUGCCAGGCUGGAACUAAACGGGAUGCUCCUCUCACGACCCCAUCGGCUCUUUGGCCGCUACCACAUGCUGGAGGGGGGGCUGGACCCCAGCCAUGAGCAGAGUCCCAAGAGUCCUGGCUUCCUGGCCGAGAUCCAAAGCAGGUGGCAACAAGAUGGCGUGAACUCACUGGGCUACACGCUGCUCUCCAAGGAGCUGCAGCCUCUCUACACCAACCUCACCGUGGACAUCACCGUCCCAGCCCCAGGAGCCCCAGUGCCAAGCUGAGGGUUAUCUGGAGGCUGGAACAGAAUCCCUAAGAUGGGCUGCGGGGAAGCCCUCUGACCUGCCUCACCUGGUUUCUUAUUAAAGGAGAGUUUAUUUUACUGGAUUCUUCUCUCUCACAUCCCUAAUCCUCCGUCCAUCCAUCCAUCCAUCCAUGCAUUGUCCCACUCAGAUUCACCAAGCGCUGGUUCUCCCCACACAGUUCCAAGUGCUUCACACACACACACACACACACACACACACACACACACACACACACAUACACACACACACACACACAUACACACACACACUUCUCAUGCAAACUCAUGGGGUAAGCACUAUUAUAAUCUUCCUUUUUGAAAACCAGGACAGAUGAAUUAAAUGACUUGUCCAGUUGAUGUAGAAUUAAAUACAGGAACCUGGAUCCUGUGCCUGUCCACUUAAAGAUGAUGCUAUUCUGCUUUUUUCAGUGAACUGAAAAAAAAGGGAGGGGAGGGAGAAUG